AUGACUACCCACGAAGUCGAUGCUGGCCACGCUUUACCUUCCGGGGCGAACGACGAUAAAAUCAGACCGCCUUCGGUCCACAACGAGAUAUCCUCACUCAAAGAACAGGCUUUGACGACGCACGAAGUCUUCAGGGAUACGGAAGAUGGCGUCCAGUUUCGCACAGUCACUUGGCAGAGUGCCACGAUUAUGUUCCUCAAGAUCCAGUUCGCCAUGAGCAUCUUGAGCGUCCCCGGAGCCUUCGCCACCCUUGGUGCCGUAGGCGGUGCGCUUUCUCUUGUUGGGUGGCACGUUCUCAAUACUUACACUGCAGUCAUCCUUGGCGAGUUCCGUAAUCGUCAUCCCGAAUGCCAUACUUUGGCUGACAUGUGCGGUCGCCUCUGGGGUCGCGUCGGAAAGGAACUUGUCGGGUUGCAGAUCCUCAUUGCCCAAGUCCUCAUUUCUGCAGCGGGUAUUGUCUCUAUCUCGACCGCAUUCAAUGCUCUCUCCAAUCACGGAGCAUGCACCGUCAUCUUCACCUUGGUUGGUGCGAUCCUCAUCACCAUGUUCUCCGCAGUGCGCACAUUCAGCCGCCUGGGUUGGCUCACCUGGUUCGGAUUCGCCACCUUCUUCAUCGCCGUCUUUAUCUUCGUUGUUGCUGUCACCCAACAAGAUCGACCUGCUGUCGCCCCUCCCGGUGACUUCGACCUCGGCUGGACGGCGAUUGCCCACCCAACGUUUGUUGCUGGUAUCACCGCCAGCGCAAACAUCUUUAUCAGCAACAGUGGCUCCUCCAUGUAUCUCCCAAUCAUCUCGGAGAUGCGUCGGCCGGAUCAGUACAGAAAGGCUGCUUUGGUGACCGGUGUUCUCGUUUUGGCGAUGUAUCUUUCAUUUUCACUGGUUAUUUACCGGUGGUGUGGUGUUUGGCUCGCGACUCCUGCUUUUGGAAGCGCUGGUCCUUUGUUCAAGAAGAUAUCGUAUGGUGUUGCGCUUCCUGGUCUGAUUAUCGGUGUCGGUAUUUACCAACAUGUGGCGGCAAAAUACCUCUUUGUGCGCAUCCUGAGAGAUUCGCAACAUCUACAGGCAAACACCGUCAUUCACUGGACAACCUGGAUUGGCAGCAACAUGACGCUCGGUAUCCUGGCUUUCAUCGUGGCAGAAGCCGUCCCCAUCCUCAACUAUCUUCUCGGACUCGCGGGCGCUCUUUGCUUUGCUCCCUUCAGUCUCAUCUUCCCAGCACUGUUGUGGAUGCAGGACUUUUCGUCGUACAGAAAGGGAGGUGCAUCAAAGAAAGCAAUGUACGGGUUUCACGUUUUCGUCGUCCUUGUGGGCCUGUUCAUGGUAGUCGCCGGAACAUACAGUGUAGCCGUGUCCAUCAAGGACGCGUAUGCAUCGGGGUUGAUUUCGAAAGUUUUCAACUGCGCCGACAACUCCGGCACAAUCUCCUGA